CUGUGCUCUGCCAGCGGGGGGGCGGCUCACUCACACAGGAGGCAAUCAGGGAUUACCUAGCGGCCGUGCAGCCCCCCCCGCCGCGGAUGAUGUAGGUGCGGGCAGACGUUGAGGCCGUGUACAUGGUAUACCCGCCCGUUCGCCAGCCGCAGGGUCCCCCUAGCCGGGGAGCAGGCCGCCCGGGCUCCGUCUGAGCAGCAGCGUGGGAAGGCGAUCUGCAUCACUGAUGUAAUUAAAGCGAUCUGAGCAGCCAGGACUCCCUCCUCCCCCACUCCGUGUUGCGGUGUCUCCAAGAUCCCGGACCCUCUCCUUCCUCCCGCAAUCUGCCAGGGGCCCUCUGCACCAUUAACCCCUUAUGCACCGGGUCACUUAUUACUCCUCGGACCCAGUGUCAGUACUCCCCCCAUUUUACACUACCUUCAGCAUUCACCUGCCCACACCCCUUCAUUGACCCCUGAGCCAGACUUUGUGCUUCUCAUGCCCCAGUAGUAGCCUGUGCCGCAUGGUGUACCCCAGCCUGGAGCAGACCCAGGACAUCUGACAGCUCUCCCCUCCUGUACCAGCUUCUCACACUUUCUCCUGGAUCCCCCUCCCUCUCAAGGCCAUUGCAGUGGAUUCCUCAUCUCCCCUACAUUCCAUCCCUGGAAUUACUGCUCACUGUCUGGAGAGGCUCCCUUGUGCUGCAGCCUGGGGAAAAGAGACACAUUGUAUACACACCGAUUAGCAGCAGCAUUCAUUUUUUUUUUUUUUUUUAACUUGUUACCCAAGUCCUCCUUUUGCCUAUUGCCCCAGGAAUGAGUAUAGAAAUCCCUGAGGGGCUGACCGAGCUGCUGCAGGGCUUUACUGUGGAGGUGCUGAGGAGGCAGCCUGAGGACCUGAUUGACUUCGCCCUGCAGUACUUCACUCAGCUCAAGGAGUCUCACAGCCAGGGGACCACCCUCAGCCAUGGCAUGGACUUACCCUUCAAACACUUCAAGGGGGUCAACUUUUCCGAAGAACCCAUGCAGACAGACUCUGAAAAUGGCGAUGAAGAAGAGGAUGAUGAUGAUGAGGAAUUUGUGGCUCCAGUAAUAAGUCGAUUUACAAGACGUGCAUCAGUGUGCGCAGAAGCCUACAAUCCAGAUGAAGAGGAUGACGACACAGAAACAAGAGUUAUCCAUCCAAAGACAGAUGAUCAACGGAACAGACUGCAAGAGGCCUGCAAAGAUAUUCUUCUCUUCAAGAGCCUGGAUCAAGAACAGAUGUCUCAAGUACUCGAUGCCAUGUUUGAAAAAUUGGUCGAAUGUGGAGAACACAUAAUUGAUCAAGGCGAUGAUGGAGACAACUUUUAUGUAAUCGACAGGGGGACCUAUGAUAUAUAUGUAAAGAUCGAUGGAGUUGGAAGGUGUGUUGGCACUUACGAUAACCAUGGGAGUUUUGGUGAAUUGGCAUUGAUGUACAACACACCUAGAGCAGCUACAAUUGUUGCAACAUCUGUGGGUGCUAUAUGGUGCUUGGAUAGAGCUACCUUUCGGAGAAUUAUUGUAAAAAAUAAUGCCAGAAAGAGAAGAAUGUAUGAAAAUUUUAUAGAAUCCCUGCCAUUUCUAAAAUCUUUAGAUUUAUCAGAACGCUUGAAAGUGGUGGAUGUAAUAGGCACCAAAAUGUAUCGUGAUGGAGAACAAAUCAUUGCUCAGGGAGAUGGUGCUGAGAGUUUUUUCAUUGUAGAAACUGGAGAAGUCAGAAUAGCGAUGAAAAGUAAGAGCAAGCAAGAUGCCGAAGUGAAUGAAGCUGUGGAGAUUGCGCGCUGUUCCAGAGGACAGUAUUUCGGAGAACUUGCCCUGGUGACCAACAAACCCAGAGCAGCUUCAGCUUAUGCAGUUGGAAACGUCAAAUGCUUAGUGAUGGAUGUUCAAGCUUUUGAGAGGUUAUUGGGGCCAUGUAUGGAGAUUAUGAAAAGAAAUAUUGCAAACUACGAAGAACAGCUUGUUGCUUUAUUUGGAACAAACAUGGACAUUACCGACUCUAAUGCAUGAGUAGUGAUAACAAGCAGAACCAACAUGAGGAAACGUAGCACAGUAGUGGUUGGUCCACUGGAAAUGUGUCUAUCUUUUGUGUAGAUACCAAGCAUACCUAUGAUUUCUGUUAGCCCUUUUAGUGUCAGAAGAGCUUGCAAUUCAUUACCGCUUUGCACUAACUCACAAAUCACACUGAAAGGGGUGGUACUUUUGUAACUAUUACGUUUUGUUGUUUUUUUUCUACACAUUACUACAAAAAUACCGGUACAGAACAUUGUGAUUUUAUAGAUAAACAUAAUUUGCAAUAUUUCCUAAACAUUAGGGUGUAGAAAGGCAGUAUUCUGAUAUAGAAGACCCAGCAUGUUUCUCACAUUGCUGUUACUCAGUUAAUAUAUCAUAUACGUAUUAACCUCGAGGAUGAUAUAGGUAAUGAUAUCCCAGCAAUACAAAUUCAUGCAGUUAGUUUAAUUAGCAUGGUUUUAUAUAUAAAUUGCCAUUUUUAUCACCAACAAUACACAAAACGCAUGCCACCUCAGAUUUAUGUUGAUCGGCUUAUGUGUCAUUUACUCAUAAAACUAAAUGACAAUGCUUUGUUUACAGAAAUACUUUAUUUCAUACACAAUAAAUAGACCAUACACAAUUGACUAUUUUAAGGUAAAAUUUGUAUUUAUAGUCAAAGCCAAAUAGUAAUUUGCCACCACGACACAUUAUUUCUUUACUGCUUAAUAUUUUAAGGAUUACAAAAACCUUCUUUAUUCACGCUGUGCUAAUUUGAUCAUAAACAGAACAUAUCUGAACUAAGUUUCCUAAUUUGCUUUAAACAACUUUAAAAAAAUCUGUUUCAUUUCAUAAUUUGAAUAUAAAAAUGUACUUUUCUCAUCAGUGUUAAACUGUAGUUUUCUAAUGGAUGGGAUAAGGAGCUACAUAUGUUAUAAUAAUAAUAAUAAUUAAUAAUAAUAAUCUGAUCUAAUGGUGGGAUAUGGGUCAAAAAAUUAUUUCCAUUUAACGUUUUUUUUCCAAACCAUUUUUGCAUGAUGUCUCCACAACACAUCCUGCUUCUAACCACACCUUAAUUUUUUUUUUAUAAUAUGUACCUGGGCAUACUGUUGUAUAAAUAAUAUAAUGUUGUAAGCAAAAACACCACAAUAAUUUACACCACAGCUGUAUCUCUGUAGCCAUUGCUGAGAACAGGAACACUUUGAGGUGUAAAGUAACAGAACAAAGUAAUGAUUGAAUGUCCUUCAGUUUAUAGAGGGCUGGUAGGUGUACGGCUUAAGAGUCCCCUAGGAAGUAAGGGUUUAGGCUGUCUUUAAAGUAACCUCUAAGGACUAUGUAUCAAGAUAGGGUGAUUAGCAAUCAAACUUGGGUUCCACCAUGGAUGCAAAAUGUGUGAAAGAGGUCUGUAUAGAAUGAUUUGAUUGUGAAAAAAAUAAAUGCAAACACUAAGGUAGAGAAGACCACCAAGUCUACAACAGACAAGUAAACAUACAAAAGAUACAGCAGAAGACAAAGGAGCAAUUUGUGUAUGUCCUUGCAGCAUAUACUUAAUAAAGGUAUACCUUAAAC